UGGAACAUGCCUGAACCAGCGAAGUCAGCGCCGAAGAAGGGCUCAAAGAAAGCCGUCGUUAAGACCGCCGUAAAGGGAGGAAAGAAGCGAAGAAAGUCCAGGAAGGAGAGCUACGCUAUCUACGUGUACAAAGUCCUAAAGCAGGUUCAUCUCGACACCGGCAUUUCUUCUAAGGCCAUGGGCAUCAUGAACUCUUUCGUCAACGACAUCUUUGAGCGCAUCGGAGGUGAGUCUGCUCGUCUCGCUCACUACAACAAGCGCUCCACCAUCACAUCCAGAGAGAUCCAGACCGCCGUUCGUCUAUUGUUGCCCGGUGAGUUGGCCAAGCACGCCGUGUCUGAGGGAACAAAAGCCGUCACGAAGUACACCAGCUCCAAGUAAACUCCCGCUCGAAGAUAUAACACCCAAAGGCUCUUUUAAGAGCCACCCAAUUUUCUCUUUAAAAGAUUUUCCCACAUUGAUUUUGCACUGAUUGUUGGAUUCGGUGUCUUAAAUAUGUUACGACCAUGAUUUACACGGGUUUUAAUAUAAAAUUAAUUGGUCACAUGUGGUGACAAUCGAGGAAAUUCAUGAAAUAGCCCAAACCGGAGCCACACCGAUGUUCACGGGUAGAACUCGAGUGUUGCCCACAUUUUAGUUUAGAUAUGAUCAAGUCAAUCGCUGUGGAUCAAUGUGUUUACAUUAAAGGAGAACGUAGAAAGUUAAACUGUUCGGUUUGUAGGGGUCAGUCUUGCACCUUGCACAUGUAGAUUCCAUUUUCUUUUUUUUCUUCGUUGCCAAGGCGUUGGUUUAUACCAGAUUAACAUAUCACUGGAAGUAUACAAUGACAAGUUUUGUAUGUGGAGUCCAGUUCAAACUUGCGUUAGAAGUUUAUGAUUGUCACACAUUUCCUAACAUAAUUACAUUACUUUCAUUAACUUAGCCCUUCAGACAAAGCAAACACUGAUUUAUCUAAAGGUUAUAAAUACUUUGGAGAUUUCAAAAAAAAAAAAACUUAAAAAACUAAAGGAAGCAACAAUAUAGAAAUAUUGUUUGUCUAUUAGAUUUCUUAUUUUUAAAGGUUGUCACCACAAUCUAUAAACAUACUUUCAAAUCCACACAGUUUACCAUGUUUUAGUGAAGGUUUUAUACAUGUGGAUUUUCUUGGUAACCACAAAAUUUAUUCACCUGCACAUAUUUAUACUUUAUAUUUUCCCUAAUUAAAAGCAGAACAUUACUCUUCUACUGAUAAUUGACCCAUAGGUAAGUGAUGAAAAAAGGGAAAGUGAUGUGAGGAUAAAAUUAUCAUUAAUGUCUUUUACAUUAAGUGCUUGCUAUGCUAGUAUGUUUAUGAGGCUAUAUGUAGUGAAAUCAAACAAAUCUCAUUCUUACUGUUUUAUUUAGCUUGCUUAUCAACUAGCAUAGCAUAGAACUAUGUGGUUAGCUAGUGCUUGUAAAAAAAAAAAGCUAGCCAUAGCACUUACUGAAUGUUUGUUCUAGUUGGGGUCGUAAAGGGGACCAAAUUCGAAGGGCGGACUUCCGUUUCUAAUGUAAAUGGCAAUAAAUUAAUUUCUUGUCACUAAAUUGUUUUUUUCAAAGCACACUUUUAGGAUGUUGGGCCAUUGGCUGUCCCAACAGAGGGAAUGGACGUGAGGUCACUUUACCACGUAAACACCCCUUGAGCACGCCGGAGCGCGCCCUCCUGGGUGGCAAAACAGUCAUGAAAAUGACUGCUCAUGAUAUCAGGAAACGCAAAUGCGCGCAACAUUUCAGUGUCCAGGAACCUUUGAUUCCUAUGCAAGUUGAAGAGAAGUCGUAAGGAUCAACAUCUAGUCCCUCUAUUCAAAAAUUCAAUUUAAGAUAUAUUUCUUUUAAGGGGUCAUUUGACUAGUCUAAAAGGAAUAUUAUUGUUUGCUUUAGAUGUUAUAAAAUGUGUAUACAUGAUUUAAGGAUAAAAAACGCUGUAUUUUAAUUAAAUUAAAUUAAAAAAAUUAAAAUUAAAUUAAUUUUCCACAUAC